AUGGCUCCCGUCUUCAGUCUGCCACUGGGCUUGCACCGCAAGCCAAGAUCAACCCUUGCAGGACUCUCAGUCCUACUCGCCUAUGUCAUCGUCCGGAGGCAGCAAACCCGCGCUAAGCGUCGUGCUCGCCAGCAGCAACGCGUGGCGGCAGGCAGCAGUGGGGAAAAGAGUCGUGACGGCUCUCAGGGCAAACCUCGCCGGGUCGGAGUCGAUCGACACUUUGUGGAGCAACUCAAGAAACUCCUGCCCAUUUGUAUCCCUGGUCUCGCCAGCAAGGAGGCCGGUCUCUUGGCUGCUCUAGCCACCAUUCUAAUUGCCAGAACAUGGCUGGAUGUCUGGUUCUCGGGUCUUAACGGUGCAGUAGUCAAGGCCAUUGUGUCUCGGGAUCGCAAAAAGUUUAUUGCCAAGGCCAUCAUUGAAUUCGGCCUUAUGAUGUGGCCGAUGAGUAUCGUGAACAAUUCGCUCAAGUUUACGAUCAGUGCUCUGGCUCUUUCUUUCAGAGAACGCUUGACCAAGUUUGCUCAUAAUCAAUAUCUGGAUGGAAUCACCUUCUAUAAGAUAUCGAACAUUGACAACCGCAUCCAGAACGCAGACCAGCUCUUGACUCAGGAUAUCGAUAAGUUUGCAGACAACCUCAGCCACCUCUACUCCGACAUUGCAAAGCCCAUUGUUGACAUCGCUCUUUUCGCAUACAAGCUGGGAGAGGCCAUUGGAGGAGAGGCGCCGUUCUAUAUGAUCGGAUACUUCUUUCUGUCUGGAGUAGUCCUUCGCGCGCUUUCGCCUCCUUUUGGCAAAUACACGGCUGUGGAACAAAAACUCGAGGGUGACUUCCGCUUUGCCCAUUCACGUAUUAUUGCGCACUCUGAAGAAAUUGCGUUUUAUAACGGAGCUGCUCGCGAAAAGGACGGCGUGAAUACUGCCUUUGACAAGAUUGCACGCCAUGUUAAAAAAGUGUAUACAAUGCGCUUCGCCAAUGGUAUCCUCGACUCGGUUCUUGUCAAAUAUUGUGCAACCAUGACCGCGUACUAUCUAUUGGCGCGUCCUGUCUUUGACCCCACUUAUGCAACCGAGCAUAUGGGACGCGUCUCUGCAGACCCCACUAAGAUUGUGGAGGACUACUCCAGGAACUCUGGAUAUCUCGUCAACUUGUCUCAGGCGGUUGGUCGUCUCAUCCUUGCAGGACGUGAUCUCACCCGAUUUGCUGGAUACACUUCUCGUGUCUCGGAGCUGUUUGACGUCCUGGAGGAUAUCAAGAAGGGACGAUAUGAACGCACUAUGGUGUCGAAGGGCGAUGGAUCGUCGAAUCAGAGCCAGGGCGUCAACACCAACGAUCUGAAGGGCAAGGUCAUCACUCAAGAUGGUGUGAUUAUCUUUGAUAAGGUGCCUAUCGUGACGCCUAACAACGACGUCUUGGUGAAAGAACUUUCGUUUAAGGUCUCCAAGGGAACCGAUGUCAUUAUUGCAGGACCUAAUGGAUGCGGCAAGUCGUCGCUGUUCCGAAUCUUGGGAGAUCUCUGGCCCUUGUUUGGUGGUACGGUUACAAAACCCCAUCCUUCCAAGUUAUUCUAUGUGCCCCAGAAGCCCUACCUGGCCUUGGGAACAUUCCGUGACCAGGUCAUCUAUCCCGACACAAAGCAACAGGCACUCGCUAAAGGAUUUACGGACAAAAAGCUUCUUGAACUGCUGAGCAUUGUACAUCUCGGAUAUUUGAUUGACCGUGAAGGUGGUUGGGAUUCUGUCCAGGACUGGGCCGACGUUCUUUCUGGAGGCGAAAAACAACGUGUGGCAAUGGCCCGUCUGUUCUAUCAUCGCCCACAGUUUGCGAUCCUGGACGAGUGCACGUCAGCAGUCAGCAUCGACGUUGAGGGUAUCAUGUACGAGCAUGCGCGACAGUCCGGCAUUACGCUCUUCACUGUAUCCCACCGGCCGUCGUUGAUCCGUUACCAUGAGUACUUGCUUCGAUUCGACGGAGAGGGCAACUAUCAGUUCCGAGAGCUCGGCAAGGAGGAUAAGCAGCAGACCACUUUCGGGUUCGGACAUGGCAAGUCCAAGAAGAUCAAGAAGCUGGAGGAGAGGGAUGGUGAUGAUGCGGAUACGGAGAUCAGCGUAUGA